CAUGAGUCUUAAUUGUUCCAUGUGGCAGGACAACAGCAUGUCUGUCAAACACUUUGCGUUUGCCAAAUUCUCUGAGGUCACUGAACAGUGUUUCCUUCUAUUUACCCUCAUCCUACUCAUGUUCUUAGCAUCACUGACAGGCAAUGCUCUCAUAGCCCUUGCUAUCUGGACCAACCCAGUCCUCCACACCCCCAUGUACUUUUUCCUGGCCAAUUUGUCUCUCCUGGAGAUCGGCUACACUUGCUCAGUCAUACCCAAGAUGCUGCAGAGCCUGGUGAGCGAGGCCCGAGGAAUCUCUCGGGAGGGUUGUGCCACACAGAUGUUUUUCUUUACAUUGUUUGCUAUCAGUGAAUGCUGCCUUUUGGCAGCCAUGGCGUUUGACCGCUACAUGGCCAUAUGCUCCCCACUGCACUAUGCAACACGAGUGAAUCGUGGAGUGUGUGCCCACUUGGCAAUAGUUUCUUGGGGAGUAGGAUGCAUGGUGGGCCUGGGCCAGACAAACUAUAUUUUCUCCUUGGACUUCUGUGGCCCCUGUGAAAUAGACCACUUCUUCUGUGACCUCCCACCUAUCCUGGCACUCGCCUGUGGGGACACAUCUUAUAAUGAAGCUGCAGUCUUUGUCGUGGCAAUCCUUUGCAUUUCCAGCCCAUUUUUACUGAUCAUUGCUUCCUAUGGCAGAAUUCUAGCUGCAGUGCUGGUCAUGCCCUCACCUGAAGGCCGCCGUAAAGCUCUCUCCACCUGUUCUUCCCACCUGCUUGUAGUAACACUCUUCUACGGCUCAGGAUCUGUCACCUACUUGAGGCCCAAGGCUAGCCAUUCACCAGGAACAGAUAAACUCCUAGCUCUCUUCUACACAGUGGUGACAUCCAUGCUGAACCCCAUCAUCUACAGCUUACGGAACAAGGAAGUUAAGGCAGCUCUCCAGAGAACCGUGGCAAGGAAAAAAUUUUGACCCAUAGUUAGGUACCAGAGGACUUUGAAAAUUUGCUUCUUGGAAAAGAUGUACAAACAGCCUAAAAUUUAACAAACAGACAAAAAGCUGUGUACUCUCCCACAUGUCUUGUAAGGAACUUCUUUAGUUACAGUGAUGGUAAUUUUUGAGUCAUCUCUGUAGUUAGAGUAUAAAAUUACCAGUUUACACCUCAGAAGCCAGGUAAAUUUUAUCACACUAUACUCUUAGGCAUUUUCUAGCCCCUGAUGGGCCUAUCUGACUUUUC